AUGAAUAGCAUUCGGAAUCUGCGAAAAAUUUCACUUCGCCAGUGGCGAUCAAUCUCACAAUGUACCACUUUACAACAAGGGGUUACAGAAGCGGUCACACCCCUAACAAUUCCACCUCCAGAAGGAGUUGACAAACCAGUUUCAGCAAAACUUGAGAAAAUUGUAUCUGACAUCACAAAUCUCAGCUUGCUUGAAGUGUCUGAACUCAGUCAGGUAUUGAAAAGACGGUUAAAUCUACCAGAUGCUCCAGUAAUGCCAAUGGGUGGCUUUGCCAUGGCUGCUCCAGCAGAAGAAGAAGAGGCUGCACCCAAAGCUGUAAAAACUAAUUUCACUGUAAAAUUGGUCAAAUUUGAUGACAAGCAGAAGGUUGCUCUUAUUAAGGAAGUCAAAAGUCUUCUUGAAGGUUUCAACUUGGUACAGGCUAAAAAGUUUGUUGAAAGUGCCCCAACAGUAGUAAAGGCUGAUAUUUCUAAAGACGAAGCUGAAAAACUUAAAGAGGCGUUAACCAAAGUUGGUGCAGAAAUAGAGAUAGAUUAG